UCCGGCUGCUACCUCCUGCCCGCGUCACGAGCGCUGCAGCGGCGGACAGAGCUCUGCUCCGCCGGGACGAUCAUGACCUCUCGCUUCCUGGGCUCGCUUCUGCUUUUCAGCGGUUUUCUUCCUGCACCGACCGGUCGACCCCUACAGACCGACUCACCUGCAAGAUUCUAUGCACUUGUUGGCGAUGACGUCACCCUUCCAUGUCUUCUUCCCAUGCCUGACGUCACACUUGUCAAUUUGGUUGAGUGGUAUCGGAUGGAUCAUCAAUCGUUAGGGUCAAAUCAACAAACGGUCCUUCGCGCUGUCCGCAAAGGACUAGUGCUUGUGAAGGACCAGGACCCCCAGUACCGAGGGAGGACGGACAUAUUGGCGAACGGCUCUCUGGAACUUCGGAAUGUCAUGCUGCGAGACUACGGCAACUUAAACUGCAAAGUUUUAAGACUACAAUCCGAGAGAGACGGAGAAAUAGCGGUUGUCUCUCUGAUUCAAGCUAAGGUGUCCGAGAUCAACUUGACUGUCCAUCAGUCAGUUGUCCACUGCAAGUCCAGUGGGUGGAGCCCGGAGCCACUCAUUUCACUGGUGAACACAACGGGAGACGCCUUCCCCGCCCAGAAGGAGCCAUCCGUGGAAGAAGGCGGCCUCUUCACUGUGUCGGUUCACCUGAACAUCACUGCAUUCAAAGGAAGUGAAACCCUGACCUGUCGGGUAGAGAUACCUGGAAGCCGCGUGUUGAGGGAGAAAACAAUUACAGUCACAAUUCCUGUCACUGUUAUUGCAGAGGAGGUUGAUUCUCUGGAGGAGGACUUCUGGAACGCUGUAACCUUUGCAAUGCUGGGGUUAGGGUUAACCCUUUCCAUCCUGUUCUUCCUCUUUGUCGUGUACAUGCGGCGUUCAAAGACUCAAGUGCACAUGGACAUCCUCACGAUGACCACUACAGGAGCUUCUGAGGACACAGCGAGAAACAACAAGACGUUUGACGAGCACGGUAAUCUGCUGAUUGGAGUCAAAGCCUCUGAACAGCUGGCACGCCAAGACUGGGAAAAGAUUAAGGACUACUGGAAUGACAUCAUCAGUGUGGGACAAUUACUCAGAGUUCACCCCGCCCUCAUCGCCGCCAUCAUCUCCCGACAGUCACGGGGUGGAACCCAACUGAAACCCGAUGGCUUUGGAGAAUUUGACUCACAGUGCUACGGUCUCAUGCAGAUUAAUAAGACUUACCACGCAACUGAAGGUGGCCCAUACAGCAGCGAGCACGUGAAACAGGGAGCCACUUUCUUGACACUGCUCAUCAAGACCAUGAUGAGAACGAAGAACUGGACCAGAGAACAACAGCUGAAAGGUGCGUUAGCUUGUUACAUCGCAGGUACGGAGAAAGUCAUCGCGCUGGACGACCCUGAAGAGGUGGACAGUGUGACUCCGGGCGGGGACUUCGUCAAUGACGUGGUCGCCAGAGCACAGUGGUUCGCUCAUAAUGGAAACAUGGACGCAGACAGUGCGGAUUAACCUUGAAAAACUGCUUCAGUAUUUAGUCAUUUGUAGCCUUUUUUGAAGUGUCAUGUUUUAUUUCACCCUCACAAUUUUAUCUUUCUAUAAUGAAGUACUUGCGUGUAUAUAUAUAUAUAUAUAUAUAUAUAUAUAUAUAUAUAUAUAUAUAUAUAUAUAUAUAUAUACUUACAUACAUACAUACAUACAUACACACACACAUUGUUAGCUGAUACCAAAUUUGUCUUAAGCAAAGAGGUUACACACAAAGACGUGGAAAAGACGGACAAUGCUCCAGACAAUCAUGAGUCCUCCAAAAAGAUUUGGUGGCACCAAAAGUCAGUAAAAAACAAAAACAAACACAGUAAAAAAACUUUAAUAACACAACUUUCAGAUAUAAAUAAGCUUAUAACCAAGUAUUAAUGUUAAACAAAAUGUAUACUCUAACUGAACCUCAUAUAUCCUGCAUGGCUUCCACACACACACAAACAUUAUAUUUGCCAACAAGCAAAGAAAUGUUUUUGAGGUUUCAUAUUUUACCAUUUCAAAGAAUAUAUAUUUAUUAAAACAGUAUUUUUCAGUCCAAAUUAUUGCACAUAAAUGUUUAUCUUUCUGCGAGGGGGAAAAUAUGAAUUGAUCCUUGCAACAUAUGGUGCAGUCCAGUUGUUGUCGGAAUUCGGACUUAACUUACUGUUAAUUAUUGCGAUUCUGUCUGAUUUGUUUCAUGUUAAAUCAGUCGCACACGCAGGACUGUAACAUUCCUGUUACAUUCCUGUUACAUUCCUGUUACAAUGUGGUCGCGUCGCUACACUGGUUUGUUGCCACAUCACCAUGUGACUUUUUUAAAUGUUUAUUUUCUUGUCAGACGAUUAGCAGGAUGUAAUUUGCUGGUCAAAGUGAAUUAAUCCAAGAUGCUGCGACGUUGGAAUAUUUGAAAAAUGCAAAUAAUAAAAAAGUGCCUUUUAAAUUC